AUGUCAGCACUGGAGGAGAUCGCUCCCGCGCGGCGCGCGGCUAAGAAGGCGCCGUGGCAGAGCAUGCCCGGCGCUCCUACGCGACCCAACUUUGCCCAUUACGGAACGAGGCUCGCGGCGCUGGCGGAGCAGCGACGCAUACUCAUUGACGAAAUCAAGCAGUUGCAGAGCUCCGUUCAAAACCAUGCGGUGACGCAGGCCCGCAACGCGGAGCGAAAUGCGUUUUUCGAGGAACUGAACGAGAUCGAUGAACGCCGCAAGGUUCAGCGAGACCGGCGUGCGGUUCAGGACGCUGAAAUCGCGAAGUUGCGCAAGCACCGCGGUGAGAUCUCCGACAAGCUGCGGGCUGUGCAGGCAGAGGUUGGCGGCUUCACGAACGUUCGCGAAAUCGACGAGGCGAUCGACUACAUGAUGCGCAAGAUGGAGAGCAGCGGCGGCGGCCUUGGAGCAGAGAGGCGCAACCAGCAGCGUCUCCAUAAGCUGGAGGACGCCAAGACACAUCUGCUGCGACUUCAGCCGUUGGCGGACGCCAUCAAGCAAAUUACGGAGCAGGAAGUGAUACUUCAGCAGGAGUACCACGCCAUUUGCGAGCAAAUCGGGAUCCUGAACAGGGAGUACGAGGAGAAGCUGCAAAAGAAGCGUGCAAAGGACAAGGAGGCCCAGGCAGAUGGGGCCAACCGGGCUGACGUGUACAAGCAGUGCGACGAGCUUCGCACGCGUGUGUCGGAGAUCACGCAGUCCAUGGACAGCCUGCGUGCGGAGCGCGAAAAGGUCUCUUCCGAGUGGGACGCGUGGAACAAAGAGGCGCGCAAGAUGUACUUCGAACACCUCGAGCAGCAGCGCGAGAAGCGCCGCAAGGAGUAUGAGGAACGACGCAACGCACCCAAGAUCGCCGCGAAGCUUGCCCGAGCGGCGAAGCGUCAGAACCCGUACGCGGCAGAGAUUAGCGCCUGCUCGAUGCUGAUUGAGUACUUGAAGCAGAAGAAGAUGAUGGUUCAACUGGACGAGGAGGACCGCAAGAGGCGCGAGGCCGCGGCACACUUUGACCCGUCUCAGAUGGCGCCCGCAGGCUCUGUGGUGGUGAGCGACAGCAAGUGGUCGGAGAACAAGCCUCUGGUCAAGACUGCAAAAAAGCAACGAAAGCAUCAGCAAAAGCAAAAGGAGAAUACUCCCGCAGUGAAGCCGAGCACCGCAGAGAACGACCAGAAGGGUCGUGUUCUGCAGCACCCGGAGGACAAGAUCCGACUUUUCCAGAUGAUAGAGGUGGAUCCGGCUCUGUCGCUGGCGACCAUCGACGACAAGAUUCGCCACAUUGAGACACUGAAGAGCCAGUACGAGUCACACAUUCAGACGGGCGAGUUGGUGCUCUCUAGCGGCGACGACGAAGAAGGCAAGGAGCAGGCACACGACGGCGCGGACACGCCUUUGCAAAGGCUCUAG